AUGAUAAAAUGCAGUCCUGUGGUGUUCCACAUGCUUGUUUUGGUGGAUUAUUAUGUCUGCUUGUCUUGGUGGAUUAUUAUGUCUGCUUGUUUUGGUGGAUUAUCAUGUCUGCUUGUUUUGGUGGAUUAUUAUGUCUGCUUGUCUUGGUGGAUUAUUAUGUCUGCUUGUCUUGGUGGAUUAUUAUGUCUGCUUGUCUUGGUGGAUUAUUAUGUCUGCUUGUCUUGGUGGAUUAUUAUGUCUGCUUGUCUUGGUGGAUUAUUAUGUCUGCUUGUUUUGGUGGAUUAUCAUGUCUGCUUGUCUUGGUGGAUUAUUAUGUCUGCUUGUCUUGGUGGAUUAUUAUGUCUGCUUGUUUUGGUGGAUUAUCAUGUCUGCUUGUCUUGGUGGAUUAUUAUGUCUGCUUGUUUUGGUGGAUUAUCAUGUCUGCUUGUCUUGGUGGAUUAUUAUGUCUGCUUGUCUUGGUGGAUUAUUAUGUCUGCUUGUUUUGGUGGAUUAUUAUGUCUGCUUGUCUUGGUGGAUUAUCAUGUCUGCUUGUCUUGGUGGAUUAUUAUGUCUGGGUGGAUUAUUAUGUCUGCUUGUGUUGGUGGAUUAUCAUGUCUGCUUGUCUUGGUGGAUUAUUAUGUCUGGGUGGAUUAUUAUGUCUGCUUGUCUUGGUGGAUUAUUAUGUCUGCUUGUCUUGGUGGAUUAUCAUGUCUGCUUGUCUUGGUGGAUUAUUAUGUCUGGGUGGAUUAUUAUGUCUGCUUGUCUUGGUGGAUUAUUAUGUCUGCUUGUCUUGGUGGAUUAUUAUGUCUGCUUGUCUUGGUGGAUUAUCAUGUCUGCUUGUUUUGGUGGAUUAUCAUGUCUGCUUGUCUUGGUGGAUUAUUAUGUCUGCUUGUUUUGGUGGAUUAUCAUGUCUGCUUGUCUUGGUGGAUUAUCAUGUCUGCUUGUCUUGGUGGAUUAUCAUGUCUGCUUGUCUUGGUGGAUUAUCAUGUCUGCUUGUCUUGGUGGAUUAUUAUGUCUGCUUGUCUUGGUGGAUUAUCAUGUCUGCUUGUCUUGGUGGAUUAUCAUGUCUGCUUGUCUUGGUGGAUUAUCAUGUCUGCUUGUCUUGGUGGAUUAUCAUGUCUGCUUGUCUUGGUGGAUUAUCAUGUCUGCUUGUCUUGGUGGAUUAUCAUGUCUGCUUGUUUCAUACCUACUGUAUUUAUACAAAUUAAAGCCUACAUGCAUUUUUUGUAGGUUGGCAUGGCAAGUGUUUCCCAGUCAAAUUGAAUAGUUACUGUUGACUAUUUUUUAAGUACGCUACUGACUCAGGAGUACCAUGUUUUUGAGAAAGUGAAAUAUUCUGUAGAUAAUGCACUUUAAUUUAAAGGGAAAUCAUUUAACUAGGCAAGUCAGUUAAGAACUAUUUCUUAUUUACAAUGACGGCCUAGGAACAGUUGGUUAACUGCCUUGUUCAGGGGUAGAAUGACAGAUUUUUACCUUGUCAGCUCAGGGAUUUGAUCUAGCAACCUUUCAGUUAUUGGUCCAAUGCUCUAACCACUAGGCUACCUGCUUUGUGAAUAAAGCAAAUUAGAAGCAUUGCUGUAUAUAAUUCAUUUAUGCUGUGAAAUUGUUGAUAGAUACUAUUUGUUGGUCGAAAAAAAAAAAAAAACAUUGUUUUUUCCUAUCUUCAGCAUUUUUCCCAGCACCAUGUUCGUUCAGUAGUUUACAGUAUUUCCACAUACUUGACAUUGUGUGCAUUGUUCAAGCUCUACAGUGGGUUGUGUUGACUGAUAGGUGUAUCCUUGGUGACAGUCAGACCAGCUCUUGAGUGGUGCAGCAGUCUAAGGCACUGCAUCUCACUGCAAGAGGCAUCACUGUAGUACGUGGUUCAAAUCCAGGCUGUAUCACAUCCGGCUGUGAUUGGAGUCCCAUAGGGCAGCGCACAAUUGGCCGGAGUAGGCCGUCAUUGUAAAUCAGAAUUUGUUCUUAACUGACUUGCCUAGUUAAAUAAAAGGUUCAUUAAAAAAAACAAAUAUAUAUAUAUAAUUGUUGUGAGAGGACUGUAACCAGACACUACUGCUUCUGGCCUGGGGACUGGAGGAAAGAGGGUGAGGUUCAUAGGGUGUGGAGAUUAAGGCCAGUAGACCUCAACAAUAAAAGGACUUACCAGGGUGGGGUUAAUUGGUAUGUAUUUAACACAACAUCCUAAGUACUCUAAUAUCUAACAGUAACAACUGUUGUUCUCCCCCCUAAGGGGAUACAUAUAUUGUUAGGGUUAGGGCACAUUAAGUGCCUUAGACGUAGGCACUGCAUCUGAGUGCUAGAGGUGUCACUACAGACCCUGGUUCGAUCCUGGGCUGUAUCACAACUGGCCGGCGGCGCACAAUUGGCCCGGGUUUGGCCGUCAUUGUAAAAAAUGAUUUGUUCUUAACUGACUUGCCUAAUUAAAUCAAGGUUAAAAAAUAUUUUUAAAAUCGCACUAGAUGAUUCACAGGUCAUAUAGGCAAAGUAGCCUACUAAAAAAGGUUAUUAAAUGGGUAUUUACAUCUGUAGUAAUACCAGAUGAUUGCAUGGGGGCGCUGUUUAACAUGAGUGACAGUGUUACAGCAAAAGGGGAUAUAUCAUAGUAGUAAUUCAGAGUGUAUGACACUAAAGAGUCAUGGUCACAUCAAAUCCUCAGCUACAACAAGAAAGCCACAAGCAUCUCACAGGCUAGAGGAAAAUGAAAGGGCACUGAUUUGAUGACAACAAAGAGUUCUGUAUAGAUGGAGCCUACCAACUGCUGUGUGUCUCAACUGUGUGUGUGUAAGUGUGUUGGGGAAAAAACGAAUUAUUUUCAAACCAAAUGGUAAAAUAAAUGUUUAUUCCAUUUUUUUA